AUGUGGGCCGAUAGAGUCUCCGGCGCACAGGAGCGGCCCCGGCGCCCUCGCUUACCCCUGCAGGAGCUGCGGCUGCAAUCGCGGGCGGACACCGAGCACACCAGCCUCACGCCGUUAUUCCGUCGACUGCGGCUUAAGGUCGAUCACUGCAUCCCUCCCAUGUCCAGUGUCACCCCUGUGGCCACCGCGGCCGCCGGCACCAGCGUCACCCCUGUGGCCACCGCGGCCGCCGGCACCAGCGUCACCCCUGUGGCCACCGCGGCCGCCGGCACCAGCGUCACCCCUGUGGCCACCGCGGCCGCCGGCACCAGCGUCACCCCUGUGGCCACCGCGGCCGCCGGCACCAGCGUCACCCCUGUGGCCACCGCGGCCGCCGGCACCAGCGUCACCCCUGUGGCCACCGCGGCCGCCGGCACCUGUAUCACCCCUGUGCCCACCGCGGCCGCCGGCACCUGUAUCACCCCACGGGAGCUGUGGGAGAGGAGCAUGAACACAUCCAUCAGCAGCCUCGUCUGCAGCAAGGACAGCGCUACUCAAACGGACUCCCUGCUUUGGCACUCUCCCCAGGAGCAGCUGAAGUCCUUGCCACGGGCAGAGCUGGAGGGGCGACUGGAGAGCUGCCUCAUUAUUAUCGAAGCCCUCUCGCUCCGGCAGCAAGACUGGCAGGAGAGCCGGAGGGCACUGCCCAGCGUGGGCCCAGCUGAGCAGAGGGAUGUGCUCACACAGACAGACGUCAUUCACCCCAAAGGGGAGGAGGAGAUGUACCGCAACCUCUACCUGGACCUGUGGAGGAAAAUGGAGGCUCUGCAGUGGCAGCGGGGAACGGAGGAGGGCCUGCAGCGUGAGCUGGGGCUGGCAAACACAAGCACGAGCACCUGGAGAAGUCAGAGGCUCCUGCUACAGGGCCUUGUAGAUGACACUUUUCAGAGCUUGCAGGAUGAGCAGAGAGUCCUUACUGAGGAGCAGGAGCAGGUGUCAUGGUGUAUGGCUGUGCUUGCCAAGGUGCCUGCCAAGCUGCGGAGCUGCCUGGAGGAGCGGGAUGUCAUGAGGCAGCGAGCAGAAGAAGCCCUCAGAGCCAAGGAGGAGGGAGAUCGUUGCCUGGAGGCAUUCACUGCCCAUGCCAGCACUCAGAUCAGCACCCGUGACCAGAGGCUGGCCUCCCAGCAAGAGCUGGGCACACUGCUGGAAGAUGCCAUUGACCAGCAGGCAUCCCUAGCUGCUGAGGCUCAGACUUUGCAGGAAUUCAUAGAUGUCACCUUUGAAAAUCUAGAGGAGGAAAGGAAAGCUCUGGAUGUGGAGUGGGAGCAGGUGAUAGCCUUGGUGCCCAGGUGCCAAGCUAUGCUGGAGAGGGUGCCUGGUAAGCUUCGGAGCUGCUUGGAGGAGCGGGAUGCCCUGAGGCAGCAAGCCAAUGAAAUUCUUCAAGCCAACAAGGAGGUAGGGAGUUGCCUAGUGCUGAACUGUGCCUGGGAUGCUCCUGUGUAG